UUCAUAUUACUAUACGUUUUUAACCAAACUAGUGAUCACCGGCGGAGAAGCAAUGGCAACCGGAAGAAGCCUUGUGCGGCGAGUGGCUUCGACGCCAUGGAACGCGCGUCUUCGAGAGCUCGCUUCCCAAUCACUGUUCUCCGAAUCGAUCACUCUCUAUCGGUCAAUGCUCCGCUCAGGCUCCUCUCCCGACGCAUUCUCUUACCCUUUCACUCUCAAGUCAUGCGCCGCGCUUUCGCUCCCUGUCUCCGGCCAGCAGCUCCAUUGCCACGUCAUCAGAGAAGGCUGCGUCGCUGAGCCCUUCGUGGUGACCGCUCUGAUAUCGAUGUACUGUAAAUGCGGUUUGGUAGAGGACGCACGCAAAGUGUUCGACGAAAGUACUCAGUCGCAUCAGCUCGGAGUUUGUUACAACGCUUUGAUAUCUGGAUACACGGCGAAUGCGAAGGUAGCUGAUGCCGCGUGUCUGUUUCGGACAAUGAAGGAGAGAUGUGUUUCGGUUGAUUCAGUUACGAUGCUGGGGCUUGUCCCUGUCUGCACGGUUCCUGAUUACAUCUGGUUUGGGAUGUCUCUUCACGGACAAUGCGUUAAAUUAGGUAUAGAUUCUGAGUUAGCUGUUUUGAAUAGCUUUAUUACAAUGUACAUGAAGUGCGGAUCGGUGGAGUCUGGUAGGAGGUUGUUUGAUGGAGUUCCCGUGAAGGGUUUGAUUACAUGGAACGCUGUGAUGUCUGGAUGUGCGCAGAACGGAUUGGCUUACGAUGUUUUGGAGCUUUACGAGGAGAUGAAAUCUUACGGUGUUCGUCCUGAUCCUGUUACGUUGGUUAGUGUUCUGUCGUCUUGUGCUCAUCUUGGAGCUCAGAGGAUUGGCCAGGAGGUGGAGAAGUUAGUUGAGGCGAAUGGGUUUGUGUCGAAUGUGUUUGUCAGCAAUGCGUUGAUUAGUAUGUAUGCUAGAUGCGGUAACUUGGCGAAGGCGCGGGGUGUUUUCGACGUGAUGCCUGUGAGAAGCUUAGUUUCGUGGACGGCUAUGAUUGGUUGCUAUGGGAUGCAUGGAAUGGCUGAGACUGGGGUUAAGCUUUUCGAUGAUAUGAUCAAAAGUGGGAUAAGACCUGACAAGACAGUCUUUGUGAUGGUUUUGUCUACGUGCAGCCAUUCAGGGCUGACGGAGAAAGGUUUGGAGUUGUUUGAUGCGAUGAAGAGAGAGUAUAAGCUGGAGCCUGGUCCUGAACACUACUCUUGCGUGGUUGAUCUACUCGGGAGAGCUGGUCGAAUAGAUGAAGCCAUGGGGUUUAUAGAGUCAAUGCCUAUUGAACCGGAUGGUGCUGUUUGGGGCGCUUUAUUGGGUGCCUGCAAAAUCCAUAAGAAUGUGGACAUGGCAGAGGUAGCUUUUGCAAAGGUGAUUGAGUUUGAACCGAUGAACAUUGGCUACUAUGUGUUGAUGUCGAAUAUAUAUACGGACUCAAAGAAUCAAGAAGGAAUCUGGAGAAUACGGGUGAUGAUGAGAGAGAGAGGAUUCAAGAAAGAGCCUGGGUAUAGUUACGUGGAACACAUGGGAAGAGUUCAUUUGUUCUUGGCUGGCGAUAGAAGUCAUGAGCAAACAGAGGAAGUCUAUAGAAUGCUGGAUGAGUUAGAGGCUUCUGUUAUGGAGAUUGAGGGAAACACAGACUGUGAUAGAUGCGGAGAGGUUUCGAGCAGUACGCGUGAGCACAGCGAGAGGUUAGCAGUAGCGUUUGCGAUCCUCAACACUAGUCCAGGGGCAGAGAUUCUUGUGAUAAAGAACCUGAGGGUUUGUGAAGAUUGUCAUGUGUUCAUCAAGAUGGUUAGCAAGAUUGUAGAUCGUAGGUUUGUUGUAAGAGAUGCAUCACGGUUCCACUAUUUCGAAGACGGGUUAUGCUCGUGCAAGGAUUACUGGUGAUUCUUCAAGAGUCUCACAAACACGAUGCUCAGAAAGUGAUGUAUAUAAAAAUGAUUACAGAAGGUUGAAGGUUGCGCACAACUACAAAAAUAUUCUUUCAGAAAUAAGUUGGUCUUCUACAAAGGGGAUGGUUUUCCGAACAAUCACCCUCAUAGGAGCUCCUGCAAAAAGAAAAAAAAAGAUGUGAUGAAGAAACCACUAAACCAGUGGAUCCUUCACUAUCAAGAGAUAUAUCACAACUGAAACUGCACCUUCGUUAGCUUGAUCAUCUUCAAUACAGACUGCAGCAUAAUGAGAAUCUGCCAGCUCCAAAGGGGCAAACUUCCAUUCUCCGUUGCAUUUCUUUGUCUCCUCCAGUGGAUCGGCUGUCACUUCAGAUGUCUACAGAAAAAAAAUCAGAGAUCUUUAAGGAAGGAAGUGAACAAUAAUACAACACUUAGAAUCUGAGUUGAAGUCUAAAACAAACCUUGCAAAGACUGUAGCCUUCCUCUGUUCCAGGUAUAGACUGGAUUGUGAAGGUAUUAAAAGGUGCAGCGGAGAAGCCUUUUCCUAAUGCUUUCACAUACGCCUCCUGGAUACACAAUCACCACAACAGUUUCUAACUUUUGAGAAGUAAAAAUUUAUUUCAGGCUCAAGUGUUAUCUGUUGUUCGUAGAAACUACCUUAAGAGUCCAUAGCUUAAUAAAUUCCUUUCUCUGA